AUUAACCGAGGCUUUUAACCAGGGCAGCAGCCGGACACCACACUGCGAAAAAGAGACCGAGACGAGCUUUCUCCGUCCACGCCUCCCUCUUUCCCUCCUCCGCGCCUCCCUCUACCUCUCAGAUGCCAUCCGUUCCGACUCCUUAACGCUCUAUUUCCUGUCUGUUCACUGCUUCGGUCCCCGAUCGAACUUGGCCGAUCAUCCGCCACCUCGGUCUUUGAGUUUCCUGCGUUUCGUGUGCCCGAAAGAGCGCCGCUUUUCUGGGAACAGGAUGGACCAGUAUGAGAAGGUGGAAAAGAUUGGGGAGGGGACUUACGGGGUGGUGUACAAGGCUCGGGAUCGUCUCACUAAUGAGACAAUAGCUCUGAAGAAGAUCCGGCUGGAGAAUGAAGACGAGGGAGUUCCAAGUACUGCCAUAAGAGAGAUCUCUCUACUGAAAGAGAUGCAGCACAGCAACAUUGUCAGAUUGCAGGAUGUAGUCCACAGUGACAAAAGAAUUUAUUUAGUUUUUGAGUAUCUUGACUUAGACUUGAAGAAGCACAUGGACUCUUGCCCAGAACUUGCUAAAGAUCCACGAUUAGUUAAAACUUAUUUGUAUCAAAUACUUCGUGGCAUUGCCUACUGUCAUUCUCAUAGGGUUCUUCACCGAGAUCUGAAGCCCCAAAAUCUUUUGAUUGAUCGAGGAACUAAUGCCUUGAAGCUUGCAGACUUUGGGUUAGCUAGAGCUUUUGGCAUUCCUGUUCGGACAUUCACACAUGAGGUAGUAACACUUUGGUAUAGAGCUCCAGAAAUCCUCCUCGGAUCCAGACAAUAUUCUACACCUGUUGAUGUGUGGUCAGUGGGCUGUAUUUUUGCUGAAAUGGUGAAUCAGCGACCAUUGUUCCCCGGAGAUUCAGAGAUUGAUGAAUUGUUCAAGAUAUUCAGAAUCUUGGGUACCCCAAAUGAAGAAAUUUGGCCUGGAGUUACUUCCUUACCUGACUUCAAGUCUGCUUUUCCCAAGUGGCAAUCUAAGGUAAUCUGCUGUGCAGGAUCUGGCAACUCUAGUUCCGAAUCUUGGAGAUCCAGGGAUUGAUCUUCUUUCUAAAAUGCUCAUUUUAGACCCCAGUAAGAGAAUCUCAGCUCGACAAGCACUGGAGCACGAAUACUUCAAGGAUCUUGAACUGGUUCCAUGAGUAAUAUUCUCAUGAUACAUAGUAGAUUGUCAGUUCAUCAAACAUUCUGCAGCUUCUUUACCUCUGCCAUGAUUGCCUUCAUAAUACUACUUGAAGCUUGUGAAGAUUCAUGGCUGCACAGGAUCUGGAGCUAGAGCUGCAAGAUCUCUAUUGGCACAAAGACUACAAAAGUUUGAUUUCACUUUUGUAUUUCUGAGUGUGAGACUAAUAUAUUUCUUUGAACCUAUGCUUGUUUUGGGAACUAUCCUCUUCACAUCAGUAUAUUUACUGCGUGUGGUUGAAAUAUUAAUAGUCAUGCUGUUUAGGGUUGUGCAAAUGGUUGUGUCAGGUACAAGCUAUAGUUUCUCCUUCUACUGGUAAUGAGAAUAGCAUUUCCAUUGUCA